AUGGACUGUGAGAAUGGCAUGGAUGUUGUGGAGUUUGUUCUUCUGGGGUUCUCCUCACAACCCGAAGAACAGCCUCUCUUCUUCGCCUCUUUUCUGCUGAUGUAUGGGGCAGGCCUUCUGGGCAACAUCAUGAUGGUCAUUCUAAUCACCGUGGAUGCCCGGCUUCAGACCCCCAUGUACUUCUUGCUGCGGAGCCUCUCUGUGGUGGACGUGGGCUUCCUCACAGUCACGGUGCCUCAGAUGCUGGUUCACCUCAUGUCCUCUUCCAAGACAAUUCCUUUCUUUUCCUGUAUGGCUCAGUUCUUCUUCUUCUAUGUGUUUGGUGUCACAGACAUCCUCAUGGUGAGUGUCAUGGCUCUGGAUCGCUAUGUCGCCAUUUGCAACCCACUCCACUAUGCUACGGUGAUGAGCCAGAAGGUCUGUGGACGUUUGGUGGCUGGGUGCUGGAUCGUUUCCACCCUCCACUCCAUGCUGCAUGCUGGGCUCCUCCUGCGCCUCAGUUACCAUGGGGACAACCACCUGUCCCACUUCUUCUGCGACCAUGAUCCUUUGCUCCAGCUCUCCUGCUCAGACACCAGCAUCAAUGAAGCGGCCAUCUUUUUUGAGGGUGGGCUCAUCAUCCUUGGUCCCUUUUUCUUCAUUAUUCUCACUUACGCCCGCAUUGUGGUGACUGUGAUGAAGUUCUCCUCGGGGAGGCGCAAGGCGUUCUCCACCUGUGGCUCCCAUCUCACUAUGGUGGUUCUCCUCUAUGGGGCCAUCAUUGGGGUCUACUUCCAACCUGCCUCCACCUACUCUGCCCAGCGCGGGGCCGUUUUUGCUCUCAUGUACACUGUUAUCACCCCAAUGUCCAAUCCAUACAUCUACAGUCUUAGAAAUAAAGACGUUAAAAGAGCUCUGAGGCAUCUUUUGAGAAAGAAGAUCUUUUCUCAAUAG